CGCUUUAGUUCAUGAAAGUGCUAAAGUGCACCUCCUGUACCUGAACCCCUUCCUCCUCCUCAACGUACACAUACACAUUAACCGCUUUAGCCUGUAGCUGGCCCGGCGGAGCGUCUUUAACCUGCCACCAUCCGCACUCUGCUCCUAGUCUGAAGGAGACGUCUGAUGCUCCGUCAGCCUGGGUUUUAGUUCCUGGCGCUGUCACCCUCCUCUGCCUGUCAGCUGUGUGAGGCUACUGUAACUCCCACGACAACACCGCCAGGUAAACACCCAUGAAGACGCCGCGGUUGACCCCUCACCCAUGGAGGCCAGCUCAAUAACACACAGAGAACGCGUGGAGGUCGAGGCACCAUGGAUCUCUUGGCGCUCGCUCUGGUGGUAGCCCCUCUCCACUGAUCUCUCCCUUUCCCCAUCUUUUCCUCCAUCUCCCCCCUUAAGCCUACCCCUCUUCCUCUUAUUCUUUCUUUCUUACCCUUCACAACCACUCAGCCCUUCCUUAAAUCAUGGCAGGGGAGAAAGCUCCCAACAAGCGGAGCGCCAUGGACAUCAAGCGCCUGGCGAGCCUCAUUCAGAGAGGAACGGGCCGCCUGCUGGUGAUCGACAGCAGGACCUUUUCUGAGUACAACGCGUCACACGUGCAAGGUGCGGUCAAUGUCUGCUACUCCAAGCUGGUGAAGAGGCGACUGCAGCAGGACAAGGUCUCCGUCACCGAGCUGCUGCAGCCCAAUGGCAAAGUGAAGGUGGAGCUGGGCAGGAAGCAGGAAGUGGUGGUUUACGACCAGAGCUCCAAAGAGGCAGGGCACCUGUCCAAAGACGGCUUUGUGCACAUCCUCAUGGGAAAGUUGGAGGGUACCUUCCACAAAGUCUCCCUGCUCACCGGAGGUUUCGCAGCUUUUUCCUCCUGUUUCCCCGGCCUGUGCGAGGGGAAGCCUGCCACUGCACUCCCAAUGAGCUUGUCCCAGCCCUGUUUACCUGUGGCAAACGUAGGACCAACUCGCAUCCUGCCACACCUCUACCUGGGUUCACAGAAAGACGUUCUCAACAAGGAUUUGAUGUCUCAGAAUGGCAUCACUUAUGUCCUGAACGCCAGCAACACCUGUCCCAAACCGGACUUCAUCAGUGAGAGCCAUUUCAUGCGCAUCCCAGUGAACGACAACUACUGCGAAAAACUGCUGCCCUGGCUGGACAAAACAAAUGAGUUUAUAGACAAAGCUAAGGUGUCAAACUGCAGAGUGAUUGUGCACUGCCUAGCUGGAAUUUCACGAUCAGCCACCAUCGCCAUUGCAUACAUCAUGAAGACAAUGGGCUUGUCAUCAGAUGAUGCCUACAGGUUUGUAAAGGACAGGAGGCCGUCCAUAUCCCCAAACUUUAACUUCCUGGGUCAGUUGCUGGAGUUUGAGAAGGGCCUGCGAUUACUACAAGCUUUAACCACAGAUGACAAGAAGUCUGAAAACAACUCCAAACAAAGCUCUGAGGUUAAUGGGGUCUCUGCCGUUUUUGAGAUCAACGGCCACCACACCAGCUGUGACUCAUCGGUGGCAGAUCCUCACACCCAGACUGAACCCAAGUUACCAUCUCCCACUUCCCUCCAGCAGGGCUUUAACGGCCUGCACCUCUCGGCAGAGAGGAUUAUGGACACUAACCGUCUCAAACGCUCCUUCUCUCUGGACAUUAAGUCUGUCUACUCUCCUAGCAGUCCACAUUGCCCCAGCAUGGCACCCACUCAUUCUGAAGACAUCCCCAAACUGUGCAAGCUCGACAGCCCGGGGACCGGCACCUCCAACGGUGUCUGCUCCCAGUCGCCCGUCCUCGACAGCCCCGGCUCUUUCGAUUCACCAUUCCCCUCACCGAGCAGCGGGGGUAGCAUUGGGGGUUUGGGUGGAAGUGAAGGAGUCCAUCGAUCUGGCACAUCCUCAUCCAGAUCCAGAAGAAAAACUAAGCACAGCUGCGGCAGUUCUCCAGUCCACUCCCAUCUGCAACAUCCUCCCCAGUCCCUCAGCUUGUCGCUGGACCACAAGAGCCCCAGCCUGGAAGAAAACCUCAGGGGUUCCUCGCUCCUCUCGCUACCCUCCCUGCCAUCUUUGGGGUCUGGGGCUAUGUGGACCAAACACAGAGACACUGUCCAGGCUACAACUCCCGUCACUCCAGUCACCCCAACCACGGACGCUCCCUGGCAUUUUGGAGCAGACGAAGGUGGUGAGGGAGAAAUGGAGCUGGGAGGAGGAGACGGGAGGGGAGAGGAGUCAUCGGUGCGGUUUGGUAGCAGCUCAGCAUACGUGGCGUUUGGAUGUAGCGAAGGCGCCAGGUUACGGGACAAAUCCCAGAGGGAGAAGCUCUCAGGGCCUCAGACACAGAGGGACCACUGGGACUCCACGUCCGCCAGCUCGAGUAAUGGUGUUCCUGCGUCAGAAAAGCAGUUCAAGCGCCGCAGCUGUCAGAUGGAGUUUGAGGAGGGCAUCUCCGAGACAAGGUCCAGGGAAGAACUGGGGAAAAUCGGGAAGCAGUCAAGCUUCUCCGGAAGCAUGGAGAUCAUUGAAGUGUCCUGACAGAUAAUGGACCUGGUGAGUGCUGUCCCAUGGGGCAAAAAGUGGACCUGUUUUAAGGGAGUGCCAGAAGAGGAAAAAUGAGGAGGAGCCAACAAAGGUUGUUUUUUUUUGUGCUCCCCUCCACAGUGUUAAAGACUCCAAUUGAGGGAAGGACAGAUACAAGCUGAGAGUUAAUGUGAACAGUUUCCAAACCUGGACUGACAGAGCCUCAGAUGUGAUGUUUUAGGUAGCCAUACUUAUUCUGAACUCUUAGAAAUUUGAGGAAAUCCUGGGGCAAGGGGAGAUAAAGGUGUGGCUGUUGGUACUGCAUUUUUUUUUUUUGUUUGUUUUAUUUCUGUCACAGGUUAAAAGAUAUCACCCCAAGUAAGCAUCACAUUGCAUCCUGAUUAUACAAAAUUCCCUGAUGUUCAGACUCAUACUGUUUACCUGUGGUUAAAUGUAGUGUGGGCUUCAGUGGGUGUGUAGCUUGUUUUUUGAUCCGAGCCCCAUGUUUCGUCCCGAAGUUCCACCCCCUGUGUCAGAGAACCGUGCACGGCUACAUCCGCCCCACCACCACCUUUUUCCCCCGUGGUCCGGCCCGCCCCAAAAUGCUGCAAAAGAACACCACCGACUGUAGUGGACUCCUUAAUAGUACUGCGUCCUCCUACUGUCACAGCACAAAACAGAGAGGUCCAGCGGACUUCACAUAAAGACGGUACUGCAUUCAAUAUAAUGAAGGAUCCUCUGUAUUCUGUUGAGGAAAAGACUUGUAACAACGGACAGUGUGUCCCUCCAAAGCACAGUGCAUCUAUCCUGACUUUGGCUCCUUUUGUUUCAAAUGUUAACAGCAUGAUAAGACUGAGGUUUCCGGAUCCCCCCCAGGCCUUUCCCCACCAUCUAUGGCCAGAAGAGAGCAUGCACCUGAAAGGCUGACUACAGACAGACAAAUACUAUAUAUAUACAAUAUGAAUAUAUAUAGCAAUUUUAAUGAACUUCUGUUCAGUUAUAGUUUUAAUUUAUUGUACUGCUUCAUUCUGGUAAUGAGAAAUAAUAUAAUGUUUUGUGGAUUCUUUUUUUCUUCUUCUUCUUCUGUUGAAUUGUUAUUAUUAUUUGCUGUAUGGUAUUUAUGAACACACACUCAUUACAAAUACACACAUUCAACAAAAUUCAAACAAGCAAUAUGUGCUGUUCCUUUUGUUUGAGAGAGUGAUGUAUGACUUUGAGAUGCACUUUUCUGCUGAGUGAUUACCAUUCACAUCCUGACAACACGACACUCCAAAAGCCAAGUUUUUGCUUCUGUUUUAUAAAAAAGAAAAGGCACAGACGUCCCACUGAUGAGAUCUGUAACCGGACCUCUGUGUUGUGAAUUCAGGGGUUUGUCACAACCGAGGGCCCAAUUAUGACUGAAAAGACUGUUUUUACUCAGCUGUGUGUCGAUAAGAAAAGAGCAGCCUAACAACUCGUUGACCAUACUCUUAUAUAUGUUGAAACAAAUGAGCCUGUCUUACAGCCUUGGCUGUGAACAAGUAUUUGUCCCUCACUGAUUUGUUUUGUUUCUUCCUCUAUAUUUUCCCCUCACACUUAAGUGUUUCUGGUCAUCAAAAUAAGGUUUUUAUUUGGCAAAGAUAACCUUAGUAAAUACAAAAUCCAGUUUUUUUUUAACAACAGAAAAAGUUAUUCAACCAACCUAAAAAAAACAACAAAAAAAACAAAUGUAUAUUUAAAAAAAGAAUUGCUCCCAAAUCCUAAUGACUGGUUGGACUACCCUUGACAAUCCUUUAGGAUUUUCUCGAAUAGAACAAAAUUCGUCGUUCCAUCGAUUACCUCAAGUCGUGCAAAGCAGCCUCAGACCAUCACUCUAUCAUAAUAAUGUUGAAUGCAGGUAAA